AUUGUGCUGGCGCAGGUCUUCUGCCGUUACUACAUCGAUAAUAAACUAGAAAUACUACUAAUCUGCCAAAAAAAGAAAAUAGCUAGCAAUAUGGGAAUGUAUUGUUUUUGAAAAUAUCAAGAACAACCACAUACUACAGGGACCACAUUCUUUAUUAAGCCAUUUGCGUGGUCUAAUCAAGGAGUUGCAAUGAUCCACGCGAAGGAUAUCAUUUUAGCCUUCCUUCUCGUGGGCUCUACAGUUUGUCUGGAAGUGGAGAUCACCCCCACCCAGGGAGAGAUCAGUGUCGGAGAGUCCAAGUUCUUUCUGUGUGAAGUUGUUGGGGUAGCAAAGGAGAUUGACUGGUAUUCGCCGAGCGGGGAGAGGAUAGAGCCCAACAAACCAGAGAUCACCGUAACCCGAAACGAUGAGUCCUCGUCCACGCUUACGCUCUACAAGGCCGGGGUGGACAGCGCUGGGACCUACAAGUGUCUGGCCACCAACGGAGACCAGUCAGCAGAAGCCACUGUCAACGUCAAGUUCUACCAAAGGAUCACCUUCAAGAACGCCCCCUCCCCCCAAGAGUUCAAUGAAGGGGACAACGCCAAAAUUGUGUGUGACGUCAUCAGCUCCCCUCCCCCCACCAUCAUCUGGAAACACAAAGGAGCUAAGAUUCAGAUGGAGAAGGAUGUCCGCUUUAAGAUCCUGCCCAACAACCACCUGCAGAUCCGAGGCAUCAAGAAGACAGAUGAGGGGUCGUACACCUGCGAGGGCCGCCUCAUGGCCCGGGGAGAGAUCGACCUCAAGAUCAUCAGGGUCAUCGUCAACGUGCUCCCUACCAUCCGGGUGUGGCAGUCUGAGGUGAAUGCCACAGCAGGCGUGGGCCAGUCUGCCAUGUUGACCUGUGCAGCUGAUGGAUACCCAGAGCCAAUGGUGACCUGGGCAAGGGCCGGUGUUCUUCUGGAGUCAGGAGACAAGUACAGCUUUAAUGAGGACGGUUCAGAGAUGACCAUCAUGGAGGUGGCCAAGCUGGAUGAGGGAGAGUACACCUGCAUCGCUAAGAACAAGGCUGGGGAGAGCGAACAGGAACUCAGCCUCAGGGUGUUUGUGAAACCUAAGAUCACCUUCCUGCUGAACCAGAGCACGUCUGAGAUGGAGGAGCAGGUGACUCUGACCUGUGAGGCGUCAGGGGACCCCACCCCCACCAUCAACUGGAGCUUCGGCCUCCGCACCUUCACUGAGGGAGAACAGAGUCUGGAUGGGAACGUCGUAGUGAGGAGUGAUGCUCGUGUGUCCUCCCUCACGCUGAAGUACGCCAAGUUCACCGACGCUGGCCAGUACCUCUGCUCUGCACGCAACGCCAUCGGAGUGGAUUCUCAACCCACCUACCUGGAAGUCCGCUAUGCCCCUAAGAUCCAGGGCUCCGUGACAGUGUAUACCUGGGAGGGGAAUGCAGCUAACAUCAGCUGUGAGGUCCUGGCCCACCCCAGUGACGUGUCCAUGCUGUGGCUGAGAGACGGGUUUCAGCUUCCCAACGCUAACGUCACCAAAGCCAAGGUUUUCCAGAGCCCCACAGCCAGCUACCUGGAGGUCACCCCAGAGUCUGAGAAUGACUUUGGGAGCUACAACUGUACUGCUUCCAAUGAGAUGGGCACAGAGUCCAAGGAGUUUCUCCUCAUUCAGGCUGAUGUCCCGUCAGCCCCGUCCCUCGGGGGGGUGGAGCCGUUCUCCAGCUCAGCCAGGGUGGAGAUCCAGGAGCCUGACGCCACCGGGGGUGUACCCGUCCUCCGGUACCGGGCUGAAUGGAAGACUGUGGGCAGGGGCAGCUGGGUGCAGAAGGUCUAUGAGGUCCAAGGAGGAACUCUGAGUGAAGUUACCAUCAUAGGCCUGAAGCCUGAGACCAACUAUGAGGUGAAGAUGUUAGCCAUCAACGGCAAGGGAGAGGGUGAAACUAGCCCCACUCUGGUCUUCAAGACAGAGCCUGUCCGGGAACCUGAACCGCCUAAGCUGGAGGGAACACUUCAAACCAAAGGCAACUCCCUCAAAGUCAACUGGAUCAAGCAGGACGAUGGAGGCUCACCCAUCACACACUACCUAGUCCGCUAUAAACCAAAGCAUCAGACCGACUGGAAGCCAGAGAUCCGGCUGCCCAGUGGCAGUGAGUAUGUGGUUCUGAGCGGACUGGAGUGGAACACAGAGUACGAUGUGUUUGUGGUGGCAGAGAACCAGCAGGGGAAGUCCCAACCUGGAACCUUGACCUUCAGAACCUCUCCAGAACCUGCUGCCAUUCCAGGUACCCACACCUCUGCCCUCUCCACGGGCAUCAUGGCAGGGAUCCUCAUCUUGGCCUUCGUCCUGCUGCUCCUGGCUGUGGACAUCACCUGCUACUUCACAAACAAGUGUGGCCUCAUCAUGUGUCUGUGUGGCAAGCCAGGCAGCGGGGCCAAGGGACACAACCUAGAACAGGGCAAGGCUGCAUUCAUAAAGGACGAGUCCAAAGAGCCGAUAGUGGAAGUGAGGACAGAGGAUGAGUGCACAGCCAAUCACAAUGCAGGAGGACCCACAGAACCCAAUGAGACCACACCCCUUACAGAGCCAGAGAAGAUAUUUGGAGAUGAGAAGAGUAAAGUGGAGGAGGUGAAGACAGCCCAGUCAGAGGUGACCACAGAACACAACCAUGUCACACAGACAAGCGACAGCAAGGCAUGAUUGGGCAGCCUCAGCCCACCCAAGAUGUCGGCGGCAGCAACACUCAUUACAGUCUGCAGCAGUUUUUCUUUCCAGUGCCCUUUCUGCAUUUCCAGAACAACAACAUGUGUCUGUGCAAUAGAGUCCUUUAGAGCACAAUCUGGUUGUGCAAAUGUCAAAUAUUCUCACGUAUGAUUUGUUUUGCUACACCCAUUGAACACUAAAGAACACAAUUUGAGUGAUCUCAAGUGGUAUAGGAAACAACAUUUCUCAGAGUUAUAAUUGUUUUCAGUGCGGUUGCAGAUAAACAAUGGAUUAUUCAGGAACAUAACACUGAGUGUACAAAACAUUAGGAACACCUUUCUAAUUUUGAGUUGCACCCCCCUUUGCCAUCAGAACAGCCUCAGUUCUUCGGGGCAUGGACUCUACAAGGUGUCGAAAGAAUUCCACAGGGAUGCUGGCCCAUGUUGACUCCAAUGCUUCUUACGGUUGUGUCAAGUUGGCUGGAUGUCCUUUGGGUGGUGUACCAUUCUUAAUACACACGGGAAGCUGUUGAGUGUGAAAAACCCAGCAGCGUUGCAGUUCUUGACACACUCAAAUCAGUGUGCCUGGUAAAUACUUUCAUACCCCAUUCAAAUGCACUUCAAUAUGUUGUCCUCCGCAGUCACCCUCCGAAUAGCACACAUACACAAUCCAUGUCUCAAUUGUCUCAAGACUUAAAAAUCCUUCUUUAACCUGUCUCCUCCCCUUCAUCUACACUGAUUGAAGUGGAUUUAACAGAUGACGUCAAUAAUAGCCUUCACCAGGAUUCACCUGGUCGGUCUGUCAUGGAAAGGGCAGGUGUUUCUAAUGUGUUGUACACUCAAUGUAUAAUAUAUAUAUAUAUAUAUAUAUGAAGAGAUUGACUAUAUAGACAUUACUUUAUUAUUUCCAUGUUACAUUGUUCAAAUGUUUGAGGGCUAGUCUCAUCGAAUAGUCUCAUCGAAUAGUUUGUUUGCAUGUCUGAUUUGCAAAUGUUCUUAAUGUUUUGUUUGAAACAUUUGACUGUUUUACUCUUUAUGUCUGUAUUAGGGUGGGUUAUCAUACAGAUUGACUGUUUUACUCUUUAUGUCUGUAUUAGGGUGGGUUAUCAUACAGAUUGACUGUUUUACUCUUUAUGUCUGUAUUAGGGUGGGUUAUCAUACAGAUUGUUUUCAUGUUUCAAACAGAAGUUCAUUGCCGGAGACUGACCUGUAGCAGCCCACAAUGCUGGGAAUAAACCGCGUAUCAGGAGUUAUCAUAUGAGAUGUCUUCAACGCACUGUACCUGGGGGUUCAUAAAAUGAAUACUAUAUUGUGCUAAAUGGAGAAGUGCGUGCGUAUUGAGCAGCUAAUAUUGUACCGGUAUUCACAAUGGAACACAAGAUAGAACUAAGUGCAACAGAUCCAAUGGUUCUCACAGAGAAAGGUUGUAGAGAAGAACUUUAAGUGAUCUAAGUGAAUGUCUCAUCAUGACCCAAGCUUCACCACUUCCAUGUUUUAACAUCAACUAUGAUGAGUAUCUUAUCAUAUUCACAAGAAAACAAAUCAAAUGCCUGACUUUUAUUGUUUAAAAUCGUGUUUUUGAAGCAAAAAUCUUUAAAAUCAUUUUUGUACUCUCUGAAUGGAAAGGUUUCUUUUCCACUCCUGACUGCGAGCUUGUGCACUGUGACUGUGUCAGUGGAUUGUCUUGUCGUCACUUUCAAUAAUAUCUACAUAGCUUUGUCAUGAAAGGUUUACCUAUAUAUUCUUUUUAAAAUGGUAUCUAUGAAAACAGUACAGCAAAUGACUUAAUAUGGUCAUUGUGACACAUACAGUAUAUAUACAGUUGUUGAUCUCUCCCCGUCACACAGCGGUCUACUGUGGACUGUAACACAGCCUGGGGAGAUAUGUUGAGUUUUUGGCAUGAUGAAUUCAAACUGUACUUUAUAAAAAUAUGUGUAACAGAAACCCAAAUAGGCAUACCUAUAUUUAUUUAGGCAAUGUGAGUUUCAUAUUGAGUUAUGAGAGGGAGUUAUCAGAAUGAGGUCUGUUCAGGCCCAUAAAACGCUUUAUUUUAGUCCCCAGUUGUUGUUCAAGUGUUCUGUAAUGUUGUCUUUGAAUUUGUUUUUGUUUUUGUACAAUAGCAGGCAUCAUGAGCUUGUUGCCUGUUGACUUUAUAAUGCCAGAGACAGAGGGCAGGUUGGUAAUCUGACAACACAAGAAAACAACACUCCAAAAUGUUAAUAUGUUGUACUGCCACUUUCAUGUAAACAAUCAUUCCCCUCAGUAUUUCAGUGGCAUAGAACAGUCAUGCCAGAACCUGUACAAUACAACCCUCUGCUGUUGUCAUCCUCCCACCCUGUCCCUUGUCUCUGGAGCCUCUUGUUCUUAUUGGGUCAAACCCAGUGGACCGUUCUGCUCUCAGCGGUGUACAGUCUGAAUACUAACCCAUUUACAAAAUAAAACAAGGUUUUGGAACCUCA